AUGCGUUUUGCAGAGGAAGCUGUUGAUCUGCAAAAGCAGUCGGAAAAAGUCAGAAACAACAUGGUGUCUUCUCCUGGGCUCAAUGCAUCAGAUGAAACUAUUGUAGCUGCAGCAGAUGCCGAGCCAGUAAGUGACCUUUCUGAUCAGGUGGCGACGGCCAUGUUAUAUUUGGCAGAAGUAGGUGAGCUUACUGGGGGUUACCUCUCCCCACCAUCCUACACGGGUGCUGCCCCUCUAAUUUCUUCUAUCUGCUCUGCUAUAAUACCUGCAAAGUGCAGAUAUGAUGUCUCGUUUACCAAAGUUGAAAUUCGUAUCACAAAAGCUGAGGCAAUUAACUGGACGUCUCUUGAAUUCUGCAAAGAAAAUUCAGUUACAGAGAGGAUAAAUGUGGCAUCAGAUUUGGUGGCCUGGACAUUUUAUAAACAUAUUGAGCAUAUAUUAGAAGGGGAGUUUAGGCGCAACGGUAAGGGCACCAAUCGACCUGCAUAUCCAACCUCAAAACUAAGAUCAGUAGAUUGGGACAAGUUGGAAGCUCAAGUGAAGAAGGAGGAGAAAGAUGAAAAGUUAGACGGUGAUGCUGCUUUGAACAAAUUUUUCCGUGACAUCAAGUGGUGGACCACAGAGGUCAUGGUUGCUAGUGAAACUAAGCGGACUGAAGCUUUGGAUCUAGGUGCCCAAUGGAAUUCUACCUAA